AUGCCCAGCGCGUGCAGCGACCUUGAGGGAGGAUCUGGAAGGCAACCCUGGGACGUGUUGAGGUUCCUAAAGACGGUCGCCUACUUCAAUGAACUUCCCACCCCCGAUAAGGUGUUGGCCAACAUGCUGAAGCAGCUGAACCCCCAGUCCCCAGUGGAAUCUGUUGUUCCAGUGGAUCUCCCCCCGGCGCCCGCCAGCGCCGCCACAAUAGCCAAGGUGCCCCUCACGGGCAUCAUCAUGGUCACAGGCGCUACGGGUGGUGUGGGUCGACGAGUGGUGUCCCGUCUGCUGGCAGCUGGGAAACACGUGAGGGCGCUCGUGAGGGACCUGGAGAAGGCCAAGUCCAUGCUGUCGGAGCUCCCCGUGGCUGCCGGCGGCAAGCUGGAGCUGGCGGCUGCGGAUGUGGUGCAGCGGCAGACCCUGCUGCCGGAGAUGUUCGAGGGCGUCCGUGCGGUUGUUUGCUGCACCGCUGUCAAGGUAACUCCCAAGGAGGGCGACACUGCGGACAGAGCCAAGUACUACCAGGGUAUCAAGUUCUAUGACCCGGAGGUGGUGGGGGAUACACCGGAGGCGGUGGAGUACAACGGCAUGGUCAACUUGCUGGAUGCUGCCGCGGAUAGCCUGGGGUUCGAGGGUGGCGUGCAGCUGCUGCACCACUCCGGCCAGUCUGCAGCCCGGUGGGGUCCUCUGGAUGACGUGGUGAUGGGCGGCGUGUCCUCCAGCGGGCUGGAGCUGGUGACCGGGGCGGGGGAGGAUGGGGGGGCGGCAUGGGUGUUCAGUGGCAAUGUGUCCACGGAUAACUUUGGAGGUUUCGCCUCCGUACGAACACGCAAUCUUGAUCCGCCGCUGGAUCUAUCGCCGUACGAGGGCGUCGAGCUGCGCCUGUUUGGGGAUGGCCAGCGCUACAAGUUCAUCAUCCGCCCAGAUGCCAACUGGGACGGCAUCGCCUACUGCUGCUCCUUCGACACCCAGCCGGGGACCUGGCAAACCAUCCGCAUCCCCUUCGCCGACUUCUUCCCGGUGUUCAGAGCCAAGCGGGUGGUGGGGGGCCAACCUCUGGACCCCGCAACCAUAUCCUCCAUACAGAUCAUGCUGUCCAAAUUUGAGUACGACGGACAGCUUAACCCCAGCUUCCGGAGAGGUCCCUUCCGCCUGCCCUUCGCCCGUAUCUCCACCUACCUUCCCGAGGGUGUGGCCCCCCGCUUUGUACACGUCAGCUCGGCGGGAGUCACCCGUCCCAACCGUCCCGGUAUCAAUGUGGAUCAGGAGCCCCCCGCGGUGAAGCUCAAUGACGCACUGGGCGGCAUACUCACCUGGAAGCUAGCAGUAGCGCGCGCUCAUCUUUUUCCCUCCCACUUGGCACGCGGCGAGGAUGCCCUGCGGGCUAGCGGCGUGCCGUUCGCCGUUGUACGACCAACGGCCCUAACUGAGGAACCUGGCGGCAUGCCGGUUGAGCUGGACCAAGGGGACACCGUCAAGGGCAAGAUCAGUCGGGAGGAUGUGGCGGACCUGUGUGUGGCCUUGUUGAGCUGCCCCUCAGCCACCGACACCACCUUCGAGAUCCGCUCCACAGUGCCCUUCUCACAGCCUUGGACACUGCCCGACCCCGCCCGCCCGCCGCCGCCGCGGGACUGGGCUGCCGUACUGGCGGCGGCGCGGCUGCGGCCUGGGGUGACAGGUCGGACGGUGGAUGGGGUUUACACGGGCCGGCAGACGGAGGAGGAGGCGCUGGAGGCCGCGGGUGCCACUACCAGCACCACCAACUCGCCAAGCAAGCCGGCGGCUGCCCCGGCGGCAGCUGGGUGA